AGCACAGCACUAGGAAAUGCUCAGACUAAUGGCGUCUUCACAACGCGUCGGACGGAUCAGCUGAUUCUUAUAUCUGCCUGGACAACUACAUAAAGACCUAAGAGGUGAAUUUCAUCUGGUUUUGCCUCAGGCCCCCUGAUGUGCGCAAGAUCCCGGACAUCGCUCACGGCUCACAACAACUCCAUAAAAACCUCCUCCCGCCUCCUACAGAAUGGAAUCUGUCAUAAAUACUCUAACCACCACCAGCCGAACCGUAUCUGCCUCGUGCUCCCUUCCCACGUUGCUUAGCAGCCAAGCCAGGGUGUUGACGUUCUCACGAGUGCUUCCUGUAAACACUCAAGAAUACGCAAGCCUCUCGCUGCACAACAGCCCACUUCAGAGUGAGAAAAUGGCAGCACCAGAUGAGAAAACAUUGCUGGCCCAACUCAUUCCAUUACAAUCGGACAGCAUGCAUCUAGGAUAGGAAAGGGAGGAAAUGUGCUUGACCCUUUCACCACUCCGUCUAUCAGACCUUCUCUGUACAAAUUGUGGCUAAUUUAAUGUGCAUUUAAAAGUUUGCCUGCCGCAAUGGAUAUAAAUGUCUGGGCUUUCCAGAUGCACUGGUGCGCUGGAGCAGCAGUCGCGGUCUAGAUUGACAGCGCUUAAAAGCUUUGCGCUGUUUGUAUUGGCGUAUGAAAGCGUGAGGCUUUUGUUACGUGACCUGUUAUGUUUUUCAGCUCUGCAGCGGGAACCAUGACCACAGCGAGGUACCGACCCACAUGGGAUUUGGCCCUGGACCCGCUCGUGUCUUGUAAGCUGUGCCUAGGAGAGUUUCCUUUGGAGCAAAUGACCACCAUCACCCAGUGCCAAUGCGUCUUCUGCACCCUGUGCCUGAAGCAGUAUGUGGAACUUCUCAUCAAAGAGGGCUUUGAAACUGCUAUCGGUUGUCCAGACUCAGCCUGUCCAAAACGUGGACAUUUACAGGAAAAUGAGAUUGAAUGCAUGGUGGCCGCAGAGAUAAUGCAGAGGUACAGGAAGCUGCAGUUUGAGAAAGAGGUGUUGCUGGAUCCGCGCCGGACCUGGUGCCCGUCUUCCACGUGCCAGGCAGUGUGCCAGCUGAAAGAGUCUGACACUCCACUUCCGCAGUUGGUGCGGUGCAGCGUCUGCACACACGAGUUUUGUUCCGCCUGCAAGGCCACCUGGCACCAGGACCAAGACUGCCAGGAGAACGUUCCCAUGACCUCCUUUCUACCUGGAGAGAGCAGUUCUUUCUUUAAGGCCGAUGAUGACGACACCCCCAUCAAACGUUGUCCCAAAUGUAAAGUGUACAUAGAGAGAGAUGAGGGCUGUGCCCAGAUGAUGUGUAAAAACUGCAAGCAUGCAUUCUGCUGGUAUUGCCUGGAGUCUCUGGACGACGACUUCCUCCUGAUUCACUAUGACAAAGGACCCUGCCGGAACAAAUUAGGCCACUCGCGAGCCUCCGUGAUCUGGCACAGAACACAGGUUGUUGGAAUCUUUGCUGGUUUCGGUCUCCUUUUACUGGUAGCAUCACCUUUCUUGCUGCUGGCCACGCCCUUUGUUCUGUGCUGUAAGUGUAAAUGCAGUAAAGGUGACGAUGACCCUUUACCCACCUAACAGCCCGUCCAGAGGGGUCGCUGUACGAGGAAUUCUGGUCAUCUCCUUUAAUCGCUUUUCUUUUCUUCCUCCGCCUUCGAGCUCUUCAUCAAGCGGUGGGACCUGCGCAUUUGAAGCCGCAACGUGAGCAUCUCGCGCCAAGGUUACCGGCACAGCUAGCUGAGUAGGCUACAUCCCGGCAGGCUCAAAGAGACCAAAAGGGACCUGACGCUUGCUUAGGUGGAGGAUUUGAAAGUGGAGAUCCCUCUCCGCAGUACUAAGGGAGACAGCAUGGGGGCGCUGUUCCAUUCUGGCGCUUGUCUUUUUGUGUGCGAACGUUUUGCAUAUGCUCUCCUGGAGGGUUCUGUUCUCUAACAGAGAAUAUAUUGAGUAUGUUUGUCUGUCUGUGUGCACAGUAGCAGUUCAGUCAUAUGGUUAAUUCGUUUUCACUUGUAUUGCACAGAGAUGGGGCUUUUUCACAUUUUAUUUGUGAACGUAUCUAAUUUCUUGAACAGAAACAUUACAAUUUUAACAUUAGUUUAUUGUCUUUUAUUCUAAACCCACAGAUAAACGAAAGCUCUGUUCCAAAACCUAGUGAGCUGUCAUGCUUUCUAUUUCCUACACAGCUACUUUUAAAGGUCCAGUGUGUAAUUUUUGCAGUAUCUAUUGACAGAAUUGCAAUAUUAUAUACACAACUAUGUCUUCAGAGGUGUAUGGAGACCUUUUUAAUACCUUAGAAUGAGCUAUUUCUAUCAAUAUACAUGGCAGGGUCCCCUUGCAUGGAAUUCGCCAUGUUGUUUCUACAGUAGCCCCAAACGGACAAACUGCUCUACUGAGCGCAUUUUAUAAAUACGUUAUCUCCUUUGGCAAAGAGGUGACAACGUGAAGACAACUUAAUCUUGUGUCAGCCUUCGUAUUGCUUUGAAAGGGAGGGGGUAGGUGGAUUGAGCCGUUGGUUGCAAUUUCAAAUCUCAUCGCUAGAUGCCGCUUAAUUUCAUAACUGGACCUUUAAAGCCAGCAUCAUGGAACUUUUCUGCAGACUGCAACUCUGUGCAUCAUCCUAAUGUGAAGCGCAUGAAAGACUCGACUCACUGUUGAUUUCAGUAGAGUUUUGAAUUAGCAUGUUGCUUAGUUGUAGGAUAUGCUAAUAACCAUAAAAAAUGAAGUACACACAAAGAAAUCGUACUAUUCGGUUAUUAAAUGGUGACGUAAGAAGCACCGUUUCGGGCUCCAAGCUAUUCAUUUCGCGCGGGAGCAUUUAUUAACUCACAGUAUACACUACAGUCUCCAGGCUUACGGAAUCUCCGACAUUAAUAUUUGAAUAAAUUAUGAAAAAUGAAUCACUGACUGGCCAUGUGGGAUUUCCUAUUUUAGAGAAAGUUAAGGAUCGCGGUUUUCCAAUGAGCAUAUAUUAGCAUUUUUUGUUGUUAGUCCAUAGCUUCUUAUUGAGCGUUUGGACCCUGAAACAGUAUAUGACCUUCCAUGCAUGGUGGUGCGUGACAUCAGACUAAACAGCCGAAUACAGCUAUUAUAAACUAGAUACGGUCUAUCUGUAUUUUUUUUAUUUCACCUCUUGGAUUUAAUCUGUCACUGGGAUGCUGGGAUUGCCUUCUCUACAAAGGAUGCUUGUGAUGAUGAAUUAUUGACCAAAUCAAGGCAAAGCAUCAUGUUUCAAGGUUCCCUACUAGGAAAAGCCUUCAGCAGUGCACCUUUGAUGCCUUAAUAUUUUGUCUCUGUAGGCAGCCCAGAGGUUUUGGAACAGUGUCCUAGAUUUUUUACUAGAUUGACAUUUUCUGUUUUGAUUUUUUGUGAUCAAGGGUUAUGCAGAUUAUAUUUGAUUUUUUUUCUUCCUGCAUUUAAACAAGUGUCCCAUAUUUGCCAUCAGGGCUUCAAAUUAACAGGCUCCAGGCACCUCCUGUUUCAAUCAUACGAGACCAAGUCCUGUCUACUUGAAUGAGGGAAUAAAGAUAUCUUUUAAAUCGCCAAGAUCACAAUACAACAGCAUAUUUCGAACCAAAAAUGAAUGAUGUCAACCAUAACUUUUGUUUCAUAAAACACCAGUGUGUAAUUUUUUGGAGGAUCAUAUUGGCCGAAAUGCAAUAUAAUAUACAUAACUAUGUCUUCAGAGGUGUAUAUAGAGCUUACACAAUGAAGCGUUAUGUAUUUUUUAUAUUUUAUUACCUUAGAAUGAGCCAUUUCUAUCACACCGCAGGUCGCCUUGCAUACAAUUCGCCGUGUUAUGUCAGGCGUCAUAAUGUUUUGAACUCAAGGGGAGGGGUGAAGUGAUCGGUUGGUUGCAAUCCGCAACCAUGCCACUAGAUUUCACUGACUGGACCUUUAUGCUCAAGUUGUGUUGCAUUUUCCCUCAUUCAUAGUAAUAGAACUGCUGGUUUUUUUUUAAAUCUUUGAUUUAAAACUUAAAUUUGAUUUGAACCUAAGGGCUGCCCUGUUUACUUUAUUUGAACACUUAAGAUUACAAGUAGCUAAAUACAAGCUGUACAAUAAUGGAACAAAAUAGAAACAUUGAUGUUAAAGUUAUAGUUCACCCCCAAAAAAAGAUUAUGUCAUCAUUUAUUCACCCUCUUGUCAUUUCAAACGUGUGUGACUUUCUUUCUUCUGCAGAACACAAAAGAAGAUAUUUUGAAGAAUGUCGUUAGCUAGCCCCCAUUCACUUGCAUUGGUUUUGUGUCCAUACAUUAGAAGUAAAUGGGGGGCGUUCUGUUACCUGCAUUCUUCAAUAAAAAAUAUUUUGUGUUCUGCCGAAGAAAGAACGUCAUAAAGGUUUGAAAUGACAAUAGGAUGAGUAAAUGACAGAAUUUUCAUAUUUGGGUGAACUUUAAUUUUAAGGCCCUUUUAAAUGCUGUAAGCAUACUGUUUUUAGAAUACUCAUAUUUUUGGAUGUGUAUGAAAUGCAAGAUAAGGUGUGAUCAUGAAUUGGAAAAUAUGCCGUUAAAACUUUUUCCGCAAUCUGAGACUUUUAUAUUUUUGGAACAGUGUCUGAUUCUGUAGGGAUUAUACACUGAUUUCAAGUUUGGUUUGCUUAAAGAUUUUCUUGUCCAAGCAAUGUAUCUAUGCAAGUUUAUACAACUUGAUGAUAAAAAAGUGUGGCUUCUGUUGUCUUGAAUUCACAAAGUUCCAGUUGCAAGUUUCUAGCUAGAAGAAGAAAUAUAUCAAUGUUGAAAAGAAAGUUGAUACUUUUCUGAAAAGCCUUUGUGGAAAUAUUGAGAACUGGGCACAAAUAUUUUAAAGUGAUUUCUUGCUUUAAAUAGAUUUUAGGGUAUGAUAAUAUUCUGAUGUUAGCAUCUUGCCUGCAAAGUCUGAAAUAGCUUGCAGAUUUUUUAAAGCUGUUGAGCCAUUGAGCCUUUAUCAUUUAAAAAUAUUGAAAAAGGGCACCAGUCAUAUUUGUUGCUGGAAGAUUUGUAGCUCAUUUCCUUAAAAUCCUUAGUGAGAUUUCCUCAGCUGACAUUUUAAAUUGAUGUAAUGCGAUAUGUAAAGCAAGCUGCCAUAUUGAAGGAGAUUAUCAAUUUGAUUGUCUCUCCUUCGUAACGUUUUGUUAGCCCUAAAAAUCUCUAUAUUCACAAAGUUGACUACUAUUUAGUAGCCUUUUUGAUUGUUAGUCACAUUUAUGCUAGGUAGCAACUUGCAUUAUCAUGUUUUAGCCUUAAAGUUUGAAGUACCUCACUAGUUCUUCUUCUGUAGCCUAAUGUUUUUUUUGUUUUUUGUUUGUGUUCUUAAAAAUAUUUACUUAUAUCCUUUUAUCCUCCAACUUUUGUGAUGUUCAGAGAUAAAACCUUUAUGCAUACACAGAGAAAAACUGUUGUACAUAAAAUGGCAAAUGUGAAGGAUAUCUUCUUUACACAGAUGUUCAACAAUAAUUCUUAGUCUCAAUUAUGCUCCUCUGGUUAAUUUUACAGACUUAGAUAAUUGAAUUAAAGUUUUUAACGCCUUCACCAAUAUUUUAAGCAUCAGUCUUCGAAAAAACAAUCAGUGUGAUAAAUGGAAGCAAAGCACAGCAACUAUGUCAGUUAUAAAUAGCACAUGUUGAGCAAAACCUAAUUGUCAUGACAAUUGUCAACAUUCUCCAUUUCAUGUGCAUCAAAGUACUGUAAUGCAUAUGCAUACAUGUAUAUAUUGACAAUCGUGCCAAGCAGGUUUUUAGACCAUUGAACAGAGUAGAUAUAGAAAAAUAUGUACUUGAUGUAUGUGCUUAAAAAUCCCAUAUUGGUGUAUUCCAUUAAUUUGUAUGCAUGUUUUAGUAACAGUCAUCAUUUCAUGGUUUUUAUGUGCAUUGUUUAUAAAACAUACAUUUUUUGUAAUAUGAUCGUUUUUCUUGAGGACAGUUGAAAUGAUACUUCAUUCAGGCUGUUCAUUCAGUUGGUGAUUAUUUGGUUCUCUCAUUUUGGGUAGCAUAGCCUUGUUUUCCUAUUUAAAAUGCCAUUUGUUUCACAGUAUCAGAACAUAUUGUGGAAAUACUUCUAGAAAUACACUAUAGAUCAUACAAUCAGCCAAAUAUUGUGUUGUUCCUUUUUGUAAAAUUUGCUUGUUGCACAAGACUUGGCUUUGCCAUUUUGUUUUUGUAUUUACAUAUUAAUCUCACUUGAACUCUGUACUCUAUUUGUAUGUAUCAGUAUCAGGCUUUUGUGUAUUCCAGAUAUCAUUAUUAUUUAUACCAACUUCAAAAAAGGAAAAUUGGGACCUUAGGCGUGCACAUUUAUCAUUACUUCUAAAAUUGGUUUUGUCUUUCAAUUUUCCGUCGGUGGCCUUUUAAUGUAUGUGUUCGUUUUUGAUACAUCAUAAAGAAAAUAUGACUUUUAUUCAUCGUAAAUCGGCACCAAAUUGCAUUUGUACAGUUAUGACGUUGUAAAAUUGCAUGUAUGUGAUGUCUUGGUCAAACACAAAAAUACAACCACAAAAAAUUAAACAUGACCUUUAAUGUCAGUGCCACUAACACUGUGAAAUUCAAAUGUAUUCUUGUUAAUGGUUUUUAUGUUUUCCUGUUUAUAUUUGCAUUUUAUUUAAAUGUCAAGAAAAUUUAAAUCCACUGUUGAAAACUAUAAAAUAUUAAAUUAAUUCAUAAAUUAAUUUCUUUUUGUAUUGGCCAAAUAUACAUACAAGUACAGCUUGGAUGGGGGAGAUUUUGUAUUACCUUUUUAAAUCUGUUACAAUAUUUUUUUCUUGGUUGAUUUAUGAUUUUUAAAAAGAACAUUUUAACAGAGUAUAAUUAGCUAAACAAAUGAUAUACAUUUUUUAAGUAAAUAAGCAUUACUAAUUUGCUAAUCCACUGCUUAAGUGUUACUUUCUUUUAUUGCUUAAUACAAAUGUAUACAUUACAAAAGAUAUCAUGUUAAUUUGCUUAGCAAAAAUGUAAUAAAAACAAAACACGGACUUGUAA